GAGGGAUAUAUUUUAUUACCAGCACAACAAUACCAGACAGUACAACAACAAUAUCAAAAUCCACUACUAGUUGGAGCUGGUGUUACAGCCGCACCACAUACAAAUUACUCCACAGCUAAUAACAACGACACUGCUUUACUGAUAGGUGACGGACAUCGUUUACACCAGUCACCAGAAGCGCAUACGCAAUAUAAUAACAAUAAUAAUACUGCGGCGAAGAAUCUGCCAAUCGAAGACGCUGACGACAAGUAUUCGAAAGCUAGUCGUCAGUGGAACUUACGUGCGCUUUCUACACGUAUACAGGCCACUUCUGGACAAGCAUUGCGUACAUUUAUACAACAGCCCCUAAGUGCAGCUGCGGCCGUUGUGACUGGCAAUCAUUCUCCCAUUGAAAAUCACGAUUUUAAUCAGGAUAUAUCAGGAACAUACAACGCAUACAAAGCCGAACAGCAGACAAAUAAAUUACAAAACGAUUUAGACGAUUCAGAUUCAGAGUCGAGUAGUUCGAAGGAAAUUGUCUACGUUAUGGCCGCAAGAGAUCGUACAGGUGAAUUUACGAGUGCUAUACGUUCACUGCAGUCUCGUAAUAUAUCGCGCGCUGUUUCCAUACGCGAUCCACGCAAAGCGAAACAAGUGCAAAGCUAUUCGGAGUUUAUGAAUAUCGCCAAAUACAUUGGAAAGAACAUUGCCAGCACAUAUGCCAAAUUGGAAAAACUAACUUUAUUGGCCAAAAAGAAGAGCUUGUUCGAUGAUAGAUCACAAGAAAUCCAGGAAUUGACUUAUAUAAUCAAAGGUGAUCUGAGUGCACUGAAUCAACAAAUUGCUCGUCUACAAGAUAUCUCCAAGGACCAGAAGCGUACUAAUAAUGGCAAACAUCUCGUCUCACAUUCCUCAAAUAUGGUUUUAGCUUUACAAUCAAAAUUAGCAAGCAUGAGCACUGAUUUUAAGCAAAUACUUGAAGUGCGUACCGAAAAUCUCAAGCAACAAAAAAAUCGAAGAGAUCAAUUCAGUCAGGGACCAGUACCAGUUAAUUCCGUCUCAUCAACGACAGCGAAACAAGGAUCAUUACUGCUUAGCGAAGAGAAUCAGGCAGUUAGCAUUGAUAUGUCAGCUAGCGAUACAACGCCAUUACUUGGACCGCCCGCACGUAUACAAACACAACAACAGAUUGCACUAUACGAUGAAUCCGAUAAUUAUGUCCAACAGCGCGCCGAAACUAUGCAAAACAUUGAAUCCACUAUUGUUGAGUUGGGUGGUAUUUUCCAACAAUUGGCGCAUAUGGUUAAAGAGCAAGAAGAGAUUGUAGAACGGAUCGAUACGAAUAUACAGGACGCCGAAAUGAAUAUUGAUGCUGCACAUAGUGAGAUAUUGAAGUACUUCCAAUCGGUAUCAAAAAAUCGUUGGCUAAUGAUUAAAAUUUUUGGUGUUUUAAUAUUUUUCUUUAUAUUUUUUGUUGUCUUCUUGACAUAAUAACAAAUUUGUCAAACCCUGGUAUACAAAUACACCACAAACACAUACACACAUACACACUUAGUUGCAUUUUAACAUUAAUACCUAACUAUUCGCAUAGAUAUUUUAAUUUUAUUAAUUUUAUUUUUGUCUACAAAAUUAGUACAAUCCUUUUUGUUAUUGAAAAAUUCAUGUCCGCAAAAUUUAAAAUUUCCAACUAAGCUUAUUUUGAUAUUUAUCUGUAAUUCUACAAAAUUUUCCACACGCGAAUGAAUUCAAAAUAAAAAAUUAAUAAAAAACCCUAUUGUAAAAUAAAAUUCAUAUAUAAAAUUGUUUUUAAAUUAUUAAGGACUACUUAUGUGAUUUUUUCAAAAGUAAAAAUGUAACUAUAAUAUUUAUUAUUAAUGAAAUAAAAAAUAAAUUGUAUAUA